GAGAGUAUUGUCUGUUCAGAGGGGAGUCAGGAUAAGUCAUCUGAGAAGAACACAUGUUAAAAAGCAACAAUAAUCUCAAAACAAAGUAGGCUUGUUUCUGGAGCCCUGCAGCAUGUCUCAGUAUAGAAAUUCAAUUUACUUCAACUUGGGACACGUAAUAACUGCUGAAUGAGAAACAAAAGUACAAAUUUUAAUAAAGUGGGAAAAAACUGUGAAGGAAGCCACAAGAUUAAAUUAAUUUUGAACAAGCAUAAAGAGCUAUUCUGAGAAGAUAGUAUUGAUGCUCAAAACAAGAAACUGGAAAAUGUUUUUCUAUUAACUCUCUCUCUGAUAUGUUAACUAGACUUUAAUACUGUUUAGUGUGUGCAGUUUGAUAACUAGGCUUUUUCUAUUUUUUUCUCACAGGCCAACCUAAUAAGCCCUAUGACAACCUUGACCAGGAGGGGAAGGAAAAGAUAAGGGCUCUCCUAUUUAUUAUGGAUAGAUUUUCCAUUUCACUGGAGGGAUAUCAUGAACUCACCCAAGUUGAAAAGAGUCUCCCCAGGACAUAUCUAAUUAACUGCUACACCAAGGUUUUGGACGGUAAGUGGGAAGUUACACUGACACCAGGUGCAGAGCUGCCGCUCAAACUUCUACUGGAGCAAGUUGUUCUAUAA